AUGCGAUGGCGCCCCUGUGUUAUAUCUUACAAGAAGAUGGACUUUGAAGAGCUCUGUGCAGCAGCCAUCGGCACAUACCAGUUGGAAGCACUAGGGACAUGGAACCACAUCGAGUCCACAUCAUUUGACUACUUUCAACAGGAGAGUAACUGGACCGUACCUGUCGAGGAACCUGGUCUGUGGAUUCAUGAUUUUACAUUGUAUGGUUUUGUGCUGUGUAUCCCUUUGAUUAAGGCUGUUGGCAGCAAUGGAAAUUACAAAGCUAUCGCAGAAGUUUGUGAGCAGCUGCAAAUAGUAGAAAACCGACUCAAAGUCAAAAGUUUAUUAGAUGAUGUGCCGAUGAGAAGAUCCUCGGUUGAUUCAACAAGUGGUUUUCAAGAUGAUCCACAAGAAAGGUGGCAUAUUGAGUUCCAACCAUAACCCCCCUAAGCCCCUAUUGAGUUCCAACCAUGUAAAGUAGAGGAUUAUAAUUAAAAAUUAUUGUUUUUUAUCGAUAAUCAAUUGGAAAAUAAGGCAUGUGAACUACCAAAGGAUAAACCCAUGAA